AUGCUGCUCAACGAUCGCUUUUGGACACCCAUUACGGCGGAGGAAAACGCUGCUGUUUUCCAAGCAAUGGCAGCGAGUAGUGAAGAUGGUCUUGACAGGUAUCUCGCGGCUCGUGAAUUGAAUGGAGACGAGGAGGCGAUUGAAAUAGGUGCUAGUGAAAACUGGAAGCGAAAGCAAGCUCCAGAGCUAGAGAGGCAGCGUACAGCAGCUGAGGCGGCGUUACUAUAUGCCAAGGAAUGGAUUCAGCAGCUGUACAAGGAGAAUCACACAAAAUGGGGAUACGUAUGCCUCUACGAUGCAGCAGCUCAGGAGUUUGAUCCUGGUAAGUCUGCGAACCUUUACAAAACAUGUGCACCAGCAUUACGCGACCAAUCGGAGAGAAUCCAAAGCCAAAUGCUCAUUCAUUUCCAGACCGUCUUGAUCAAUUCAAUGAUCGAAUGGAAGAAUUCUUCCGGACAGCUCUCAGACACAAUGGAUCCGCAGAUAUCAUCAGCAAAAAGUGGAUGA